UUUCCUCGGCAUAAAGCACGAGUGCAUAAAAAGGCUCAAGUGCACGAGCAAGAGGAAGCAGCAGAGGAAGAGGACCCAGCAGUUCAGUGUAGCGCAACAUCAGCACACUUUUUUUUUGGGGGGAGCCAUCUGCAAGGACACUGGAGAAGGAGCUGAGGGAGAAUCUAACCUUGAGUAGGUGGACUUAUCAGCGCCGCCUUCGGACCUUGCUCCCACGCUUCUGUGGGGGGGCGGGGGGGAUGUGGCACCGCUGAUCACAUGCGAAGACAAACUCCUGGGCUGCUCCUCUUCUACUCGUGAAAGGGGCCGGAAAUGCGAAGAACAAGAACAAUAUUUUCGAUUGCAGGGUGAAGAACAGCCUGACUCAUCAUCAUCAAGCUUCAUUUGUAGUUCCUGGUGCUGGCGGGCGGCGGGGCGCGAGAUGAUGAACUUUGGAAAACACAUGGCAGGAGACCAUCUCAGAUAGCCGCAGACAUUUCGGAGAGUCAUUUGGCCUCGGCGGGUUCCGAUCCUAACCAGACGGCUGGGGAAAAAAAAAAAAAAAAACACACCAAAAAAAAAAAAAAGAGUGCCUGAGACAAACACGGACAGGAUGUCCUUUCGUCCACUUCCAACAGAGGACCCCCCCAAAGGCCGGCCCCCCUCCGUAAAGGCAGAAGAAUCACAGGAGUCCAUGAAGCUGAAGAAGGAGAUCUCCCUCCUCAAUGGGGUUUGCUUGAUCGUGGGCAACAUGAUUGGCUCGGGCAUCUUCGUGUCGCCCAAGGGCGUCCUCAUCCACAGCGCCUCCUACGGCCUGUCGCUGGUGGUGUGGACCGUCGGCGGCAUCUUUUCCGUCUUCGGGGCGCUGUGCUACGCGGAGCUGGGGACCACGAUCACCAAAUCGGGGGCCUCCUACGCAUAUAUCCUGGAGGCCUUCGGGGGCUUCCUGGCCUUCAUCCGCCUGUGGACGUCGCUGCUCAUCAUCGAGCCCACCAGCCAGGCCGUCAUCGCCAUCACCUUCUCCAACUACAUGGUGCAGCCCAUCUUCCCCAGCUGCAUAGCACCGUACGUGGCCAACCGGCUGCUGGCGGCCGCUUGCAUAUGUUUGUUGACCUUUGUCAACUGCGCCUACGUGAAAUGGGGAACCAGGGUGCAGGACUUCUUCACCUACGCCAAAGUCAUUGCCCUCAUUGCGGUCAUCAUCACGGGGCUGGUCAAGAUCGGCCGAGGUCACACGCAGAACUUCGAGGGCCUCUUUGACGGGUCGUCGCAGGAUCCCGGAGACAUCGCUUUGGCUCUCUACUCGGCUUUGUUCUCCUACUCCGGAUGGGACACGCUCAACUUUGUCACUGAGGAGAUCAAGAACCCAGAAAGGAAUCUUCCACUGGCCAUCGCCAUUUCCAUGCCCAUCGUCACGGUCAUCUACAUUUUGACCAACGUGGCCUACUAUGCCAUUCUGCCCAUGAACGCCAUCUUGGACAGUGACGCUGUUGCUGUGACGUUCGCAGACCAGGUGUUUGGCGUGAUGAACUGGACCAUCCCCUUCGCGGUGGCUCUGUCUUGCUUCGGAGGACUCAACGCUUCCAUCCUGGCGUCCUCCAGGCUGUUCUUCGUGGGCUCCAGAGAGGGCCACCUGCCCGACUGCCUGUGCAUGAUCCACGUGCACCGCUACACGCCCAUCCCAGCGCUGCUCUUCAAUGGUGUCAUGGCUCUCAUCUACUUGUGUGUGGAGGAUGUCUUCAGGCUCAUCAACUACUACAGCUUCAGCUACUGGUUCUUCGUGGGCCUUUCCAUUCUGGGACAACUGUACCUGCGCUGGAAGCAGCCAGACAGGAAGAGGCCGUUGAAGCUCAGCCUCGUCUAUCCCGUCCUUUUCUGCCUCCUCACCGUCUUCCUGGUAGUGGUGCCGCUGUACAGUGACACCGUCAACUCCUUGAUUGGCAUUGGCAUCGCCCUGUCUGGCGUGCCCGUUUACUUCCUCUGCUGCUACACUCCCGCCCAAAAGAGGCCCCUGUGGUUACGGAGCGCCAUUGCUCAGUCCGGGGUGCUCAUCCAGAAGGCGUGCUUCUCGGUUUUAACGGAAAUGGACGUCCAUCGCGACGACUGAAUACACGCGCGCGCACACGCACACGCACACACCCAACUCAAGGUGAAAGUUUUUUCUGUGAGAUUUCAUGUGUGGCUUCACGUGCCUUGAGAGAUCUAUUUUGAAAUACGAAAGACGAUACGAUUAUUGUAUCUCCACUCGAACCGUUGUUCUUCAUUGUCUCUGCAGCAUUGAGCUAUUUAUAAUAAAACGUUGAGGGAAAGGA